AUGAAGUUUAUUCCCAAAAUCACACUACUCUUGCUUCUUUUAUUCGUACACUCUUCACAGGCUAAAGGAAAACGACGGAAAUGUCCAGAGGGUGCGUGGUCGGAAGGGAAGAUUAUGAACACGAUCAUGAGCAACUAUACCAAAAUGUUACCGGAAGCGGAGGAUAGUGUACAAGUCAACAUUGAGAUUCAUGUCCAGGAUAUGGGAAGUUUGAAUGAGAUCUCGUCUGACUUUGAAAUCGACAUCCUGUUCACUCAACUGUGGCACGACUCUGCGUUGUCGUUUGCUCAUCUUCCGGCUUGUAAGCGAAACAUCACAAUGGAAACUCGUCUUUUACCUAAAAUCUGGUCUCCUAACACGUGCAUGAUCAAUUCGAAACGCACCACCGUACACGCUUCACCAUCUGAAAAUGUGAUGGUUAUCCUUUACGAGAACGGAACCGUGUGGAUCAACCAUCGACUCAGUGUAAAGUCUCCGUGUAACUUGGAUCUACGACAGUUUCCAUUCGACACUCAAACUUGUAUUCUGAUCUUUGAGUCCUACAGUCACAACUCUGAAGAAGUAGAACUUCACUGGAUGGAGGAAGCUGUGACACUGAUGAAACCAAUUCAGCUGCCAGAUUUCGAUAUGGUACACUAUUCGACAAAGAAAGAGACCCUUCUCUAUCCAAACGGAUAUUGGGAUCAACUUCAAGUCACAUUCACAUUCAAACGGAGAUACGGGUUUUAUAUUAUUCAAGCUUAUGUUCCAACCUAUCUCACUAUCAUCGUCUCAUGGGUUUCAUUUUGUAUGGAACCAAAAGCUCUGCCAGCAAGAACCACAGUCGGAAUCUCAUCUCUUCUGGCUCUCACAUUCCAGUUCGGAAACAUUCUCAAGAACCUUCCACGGGUUUCCUAUGUAAAAGCCAUGGACGUAUGGAUGCUUGGAUGCAUAUCAUUUGUGUUCGGAACCAUGGUCGAGUUGGCAUUCGUUUGUUACAUCUCCCGCUGUCAGAACAGCGUGAGAAAUGCCGAACGACGACGGGAACGAAUGAGAAAUUCGCAGGUGUGGGCGAAUGGAUCCUGUCGAACAAGAAGCAACGGGUAUGCGAACGGGGGAUCUAUCAUCUCACACUAUCAUCCGACAAGCAACGGAAAUGGGAAUAACAAUAGACAGGAUACACCUCUGGUCACUGGAAGAGGAUCCCUACAUCGAAAUGGUCCACCAUCUCCACUGAAUCUUCAGAUGACAACAUUCGACUCUGAGAUCCCUUUGACGUUCGAUCAGCUGCCAGUUUCCAUGGAAUCCGAUAGACCCCUGAUUGACGAGAUGCGACCUGGAUCACCACCUCCACCAUCUGGAUGUCUUGCGAGGUUCCAUCCAGAAGCAGUCGACAAGUUUUCCAUCGUCGCAUUCCCAUUGGCUUUCACAAUGUUCAAUCUCGUCUACUGGUGGCACUAUCUCUCGCAAACCUUCGAUCAAAACUAUCAGUGA